GGUUUCUGAUCCCGGAUGACCCUUUUGGGUCUUGUGAGAAUAAGUACUGCGGCCUGGGAAGGCACUGUGUGACCAGCAGAGAGACCGGGCAGGCAGAGUGCGCCUGCGUGGGAGUUUGCAGCCAGCGCUACAAGCCAGUGUGUGGCUCCGACGGAGAGUUCUACGCAAACCACUGCCAGGUGCACAGAGCGGCCUGCCUGAAGAAACGGAGGAUCACCAUCGUCCACGACGCAGCCUGCUUCUUCAAAGGAGAUAACUGCAAGACCAAUGCAUACAGCAAGAUGAAAAGCAUGCUUUUAGAUUUACAAAAUCAAAAAUAUAUCACGCAAGAAAAUGAAAAUCCUAAUGGCGAUGACGUAUCUCGGAAGAAGCUGUUGGUGGAUCAAAUGUUUAAAUAUUUUGAUGCAGACAGUAAUGGACUUAUAGAUAUUAAUGAACUAACUCAGGUGAUAAAACUGGAGGAUCUGUCCAAGGACAACUCUGAAUGUACUCUGUAUGAUCUCGUGAAGUUUGAUGAUCUCAACGCAGACAAGCACCUGGGUCUGGAAGAAUUUUAUAGAGCAUUCCAGGUGAUCCAGCUGAGCCUGCCUGAGGACCAGAGAGUGCGCCUCACCGUGGCCACCGUGGGGCAGAGCGUGGUCCUGAGCUGCGCUGUGCAGGGAGAGCCCCGGCCCCCCAUCAUCUGGAAGAGGAACAACAUUGUUCUCAAUAACUUAGACUUGGAAGACAUCAGCGACUUUGGAGAUGAUGGGUCUUUGUACAUUACCAAGGUGACCACCACUCACAUGGGCAAUUAUACCUGCUACGCAGACGGCUACGAAAACGUCUACCAGACUCACAUCUUCCAAGUGAAUGUUCCUCCUGUCAUCCGUGUGUACCCAGAGAGCCAGGCCAGAGAGCCCGGAGUGACCGCGAGCCUCCGGUGUCACGCUGAAGGCAUCCCAGACCCACAGCUCAGCUGGCUGAAGAACGGUGUGGACAUCACGCCCAAGCUGUCCAAGCAGCUCACCCUGCAAGCAAACGGCAGCGAAGUUCACAUAAGCAACGUGCGGUAUGAGGACACCGGUGCUUACACGUGCGUCGCGAAGAACGAAGCAGGCGUGGAUGAAGACAUCUCUUCUCUGUUUGUGGAAGAUUCUGCGAGGAAGACGCGUCUGGGAAUCGGGAACAUGUUCUACGUUUUUUAUGAAGAUGGGAUCAAAGUGAUACAGCCCAAAGAGUGUGAGUUUCAGCGGCACAUCAAGCCCAGCGAGAAGCUCCUCGGCCUUCAGGGUGAGGUGUGCCCCAGAGCUGAGCGAGAUGAGGUCCAGCGGUGUGUGUGGGCCUCGGCCGUCAACGUCAAGGACCGGUUCAUUUACGCCGCCCAGCCGACUUUGAACAGAGUCCUGAUUGUGGAUGUGCAGUCCCAGAAAGUGGUGCAGGCAGUGAGCACGGACCCGGUCCCUGUCAAACUGCACUAUGACAAAUCCCACGACCAGGUCUGGGUGCUAAGCUGGGGCAGCAUGGAGAAGACGUCCCCGACCUUGCAGGUGGUGACCCUGGCCAGCGGGAACGGCCCCCACCACACGGUGCACACGCAGCCUGUGGGCCGGCACCUGGACAGGGUGGACGACUUCUUCAUCCCCAGCACCACCCUGCUCAUCAACCACGUGAGGUUCGGGCUCGUGCUCCACCGGGACGAGGCGGCGCUGCACAAGCUGGACCUGGAGACCAUGGCGUACGCGGGCUCGGUGGACCUGCGCGCGCACGGCUGCGUGCCCCUCACGCUCGCCUACUCGCACUUGGGCGGCUACUACUUCGUGGGCUGCCGGCCCGGCCCGGGCGCCGCCGCCGGCCCCGGGCUCUUCGGCCAGUACCUGCUGACGCCGUCCGCCGACUCGCUCUUCAUCCUGGACGGCCGGCUGGGCAAGCUCAACUGCGAGAUCACCGAGGUGGCCAAGGGCAACACGCUGGUGUGGGUGGGCGACGCCUAG